GUGGCUGGCCAUCGCUGCCCUUCACGACCUGGGUGCCAUGCCUUGCUGGCGCAGGGCUUCCAACGACAGGUCGACAGAGGACAGCCCUGCACGCGCGCACGAAGGUAGUUGAAGAUCUGAACGACCUCACUGUUGUGGAGCUGCGCGAAAGACUGCGUCAACUGUCUCUUCCUGUAUCCGGAAAGAAGAGGGAGCUCAUCGAGCGGAUUCUGGCCGCGGAGACUGAAGAACGGUAUCAGGACGAGCACCAGGCUGCAGAGGGUGACGAGCAAGCAGCGGGACCUGCUGCGUCACAAUACUUGCAGAUGAAGGUGGCCCACCUCAAAGCGGCGCUCCGCGAGCGUGGUUUGCCGGUCUCGGGGCGCAAGGCGGUGCUCGCCGCGCGACUGGAGGCAGCUGAUGCGUCGCCACCACUCGCCAAAGCUUUGGAGAGUGAGGCGGUGGAUGCGAAGGUGUUGAAGCCGGGUGAGGUAUCUUUGGAGAGCCUCCGCGUGGGCCAAAAGAUCCACGGGUCGGUGCGCCGGCUAUCAAGGUGGGGAGCUUUCGUUGACAUAGGCCUCGAGUCAACUUGUUUGAUGCGAAUUUCGCGAAUGGCUGAACGCUUCCUCAACGAUGCCAGCGAGGUAGUUUCCGUGGGACAGGAGGUGGAUGUGUGUAUCGCAUCGCGCCAGACGGCAAAGUCGGCCUUUCCAUGA